AUGCCUCCCAUCAAAGUAUACACCGAAAGCCCCAUCAACGCCGCCAAAGCGUCAGGCAUAACCCCUAAGACCGCAGCAGUAGACGACAACCUUUCACCAUCAUCACCCACGCGCACCUCUUCCACACCAAACCAAGUACAGUCCCAGCCGGCACCAACAAGAACACAACCGCUCCCCACACAAGACAACCCGCCUCCGCCACAGCCAGGCGCCGUUCCCCGCCUACCGGAAGCCACGCCAUAUCCAUUACCAGCGCAUCAGCAGCAGCAAGGGGGACCAGCCCCGCCAGCGCCAACAGCAGCCCCAAACGCACAACCCAUCUCCGGCGCCACCUACCCGCCACAGAUGGCCAUCCCGCCUCCCCAGACGGCAUAUAACCAGCGCGGAACUGCAACCGUGACAGUCCCAGUUGACUAUCACCGUCCUACGGGCUACCACAGUCCUCAGCAGCAGGGUUGGGGUGGGUCGAACGAUUCCCACUCCGGAACCGGGGCUGGCGCCGGCUAUGUGCCGUACGGUGGCAACGUUGGGGGUUCUCUGGCGGAGAAUGAGGAUAGGGAGGGGAACGGGGUGCUGAGCUCGGCGAUGAAGUUCGCCAAGGCUGCUGGACAGAGGCUGUCAGCUGCCGAGAGCGAGGUGUGGAGAAGGAUUAACGGGGACAGUUAG